AGUGGCAAUUGUGUGCAUAGAAAUGUGUGCAUUUUUUUACUAUAAAAGGGCCUGUCUCUUGAUUCUGAACAGUUAGAAAUCAUCUAAAAUACAACAAGUCAAUAUGAAAUUCUUUAUUGUAUUCUUCGCUUUGAUCGCCGUUGCUUUGGCCGCUGGAUAUGGUCAGCAAGGACACGGUCAGGGUGGACAUGGUCAGCAAGGAUUCGGACAGGGUGGUCAUGGACAGCAAGGAUUCGGCCAGGGUGGACAUGGUCAGCAAGGAUUCGGCCAGGGUGGACAUGGUCAGCAAGGAUUCGGCCAGGGUGGACAUGGUCAGCAAGGAUUCGGCCAGGGUGGUCAUGGACAGCAAGGAUUCGGCCAGGGUGGACAUGGUCAGCAAGGAUUCGGCCAGGGUGGACAUGGUCAGCAAGGAUUCGGUCACGGUGGACAUGGUCAGCAAGGAUUCGGCCAGGGUGGAUACGGUCAGCAAGGAUUCGGUCAGGGUGGACAUGGUCAGCAAGGAUUCGGCCAGGGUGGAUACGGCCAGCAAGGAUUCGGUCAGGGUGGCCAUGGGCGCUUUUAAUCUAAGUAAAUUAGUAAAUGAAGCAACUGAUUAAAUAAAUAUAUAAACCUAAA